CAAACCGCCACUACUUCACCAGCCAUGUUCAAGCCACGAAAAGCUGACAAAGAGAGGUUGAUUUUACCUUCUCUCAUCUGUAACUGGGCUGGGAUUACGCUGCAGAAGCUUAGGGUGACGAAUGAAGCCGCCGAAAAUCUUGACGAACUGCUCAAUAAUCUUCGCCCCGUGGACUAUAAUGGUGAUAAGAGAUGGCAAGAUACCUUGCCCGCUCUGCGUUACGAGCUCAACGCGGCACCUCUGGCUCGGAAUCGACAGGCGUUUGUCAGCGAGUUUGGUGCAAUGCGACAGGUUUACACGGCAAUGAGGGAGAUCACGAGGGUAUGGCACGGGAGGGUGGAGGACGUAGAGGAGGAGCAGUCAAAGGCGGAAAUGAAGCUCGAGGAGCUGGAACUUGCGUUGGAGGCGGGCUUCAAUGCGAGGUGGUCAGCAGGAGAGAAGAUGGAAGAAGAAACAGCAAGAUCAGCGGUGUCAUUCGAUACACGGUCACUGUAUCAUGAGGUUCCGGAGCCAGAAUGGGAUGCGAAGGCUGGAGAGAUACACGAACCUGGCACUCAGGCGGAGUCUGAAACAUCCUCGGUACAACAGUCACCAACUACACCUCCACGACGCCGUUCAGCCGCGGAAACACCACGGAAAGGCGCUCUACGAUCAAAUACUCUCACCAACAGAAUCACCAUAACCACCUCCCUACUCCUCCAGCGCGAUCUCCAAUCCUGUUCACUACACGCCCUUCAUAAUCUCCUCUCCUUCCUCCUCCGUCACUCACCCUCACUUGACCUCCUCCCGGGCGGUUUUCUGGCGCCGUGGGUUGAUAGACGACAAUAUCUCUGCACAACACAAGGUCAGGUUCGACGGUAUGAGCGCGGUUCGAGACCGCCGUUGGUGUCUGUUAGUGCGGUUGAUUUGGUGGAGUACGGGGUUGGUGAGGCAUUGGCGCAGGAGUUUGGGAGGCUAUUGAUGAGUGCUCAUUCUUGGAAGGAGUGGUUGUUAAGGGAGGGAUUGGAGGAUGCGCCGUGUUAUCGGAAUAGACCUUACAUGGCGUAUCUGAUAGGAGUUCACUACAGACGAGCAUACCUGGUUGCGGGUGAAUUCAACGAUGCGUACAUGGAGGCAAUACAAGCUGGCAGAGUGCCUACUGAAGACGUGAGGGUGCGAAGGUCGAAGAUGUAUCAGUUGGAUAAGAGUGAUGAACUGCAGGAAUACUGUCGGGGUGUAUAUCGACUAUUCCGAGAGUUCGAGGAGAACGUGUUACUGGAAGAUGUAUGGAAACAAAGAACGGCCUCGGAUACGAGCAGUGACACAAGCAGUGAUGAUUCCAAUUGGCGUUGAUUCUAGUGCCAUUUUGAAGGCUUCGCCAUGGUCUAUCAUACCCUCUAUUCUUGACGUACAACCGUCUAGUUCACACUCACCCAAGGAUGUUUAUGCAUCCUCUACUCUUCGGCGUCUGAAGCGGAGGGGUAAAGUGCAAAGAUCGAAGAUGUAUCGGUUGGAUAAGGGCGAUGAACUACAGGCCUUCGUCGGGGUUUGCAUCGACUAUUCCUAAAACUCGAGGAAGAUCCCACGCUGAGUGUUAACGUUCAGGGACUUGUCGCCAAGAAACGCUCAAAACCGAAAGUGUUGAC